AAGAGACACGAUGAUCACACACACACUACAGUACUGUACACGUAUGACCUGAAGCGCAGAGAUCUUUAUUACAUAAGACUCCCUCAAGACAUUGCACGUGGACACACACCUGGCCGUGUAAGUGACAGUCAGAAAGAGGUCUAAUCAGAGCUCUUUAGGCCAGAAGUUUGAGCGUUUGGCUCAUCAUGAGAGUGUGAGCAGCAUGAUUGCUGAAGAGUUUUGCUGUGGUUUAUUUAUAGUCUCUGCAUCAGCAUCAGUCACAAUGCUGCAAAUGAAGCCCUUCAGAGAGCGACGCAUGUGACAAGUGAGGAUGGACUACAGCGGUCCAGCUAUAUUCAGUCAGACGUGAAUUUCACCCUCUACUGCGCGCGGAUCUGUGGACGAGGCAGCAACAGGAGACUCUACACUGUCAAAAAGAGGCUGAAAGAAAGAAGAAGAGAAAUAAAGAAAGAAGGAUGCUCUCUUACAGAUGUAGUGUGUAGGUGGGAAACUGUCUGCCGCUGAAUUUCCGGAUAUUCUGUCACUGAUUUUCAACUAUUGAUCACGAAGAAAAAGCGCGGCGCUCGGUUGCAAUGUCUGCGCGCGAGUGUGUGUUUUUCAGGAUUAUUCCCACAACACCUUAAGAAGAGAUUUAGAUAGUGGGAAUGUGUGUAGAAACGCUCCAGCGCUAAUAAACAGGCUACACAUCGACUAGUGCUUCAAGACUUUAUCUAAAAUACAAUCUGAACUGCCAUGGCUGUAAGGCCCACCCUCAUCUUCAUUCUCUCUCUGAUUGGCUGCUGCGCUCUUGAGGACCCGCCCAAGCACACAGCCCCGCCCCCUCCUCAUGGGUGUGGCGCUACAGUGGACCUGCCCUACAGAGUUCUGUGUGACCUGGAGUCCGUGUGGGGCGUGGUGCUGGAGGCCAUAGCGUGCGGUGGGACCAUAUCUGCUUUGAUUCUGGCCGUGAUUCUUUUAGCCAAGCUGAAAACGGUAACAGAACCGGAGAAGCGAUGUGGCGUUGGUCCCCUCCUCCUCCUACUGGCUGGAACGGCUGGUCUCUUCAUCCUAUCGCUGGUGUUCUUGGUGGGGCGUGGGGAGGUGCUCUGCAUGGUGCGCCGUGGGCUGUGGGGGGCGCUGUUCGCGAUGUGUUUCUCGUGUCUGCUGGUGCAGGGAGUGCGACUGAAGAAGCUGGCCGGAGGGAGGCGGAGCCCAGCGGGGAGCUCUCUCGCCGGAUUGGCUUUCGCUCUCACCGUGGUUCAAGGCAUCAUCGCUGGAGAGUGGCUGCUGCUUACGGUGGUCCGCGAGGGACAUGCAGCCUGCGAUUACCUGCCUUUAGACUUUGUGUUGGUGUGUAGCUAUGCUGUAGUGUUGUUGCUGGCUGCCACUGUGUUGUCGUUGGCCAUCGUGUUGUGCGGAGGAAGCAACAGAGAGGAGUCGAGCAGGAAGAGGAUGAAGUGGAGGUGUAACGCCGUCUGGCUUUUCCUCUCAUGUCUCUCUUCGCUUCUCCUCUGGGUUGCCUGGCUCGGUCUCUAUCUCUACGGCAACGCUGGCAUCAUGACUGCGGCGAAGGAUUGGGAUGAGCCGGCAUUAGCGGUUGCUUUGGUGACUGAGGGUUGGGUAUUGUUGUUAUUUCACGCUAUCCCAGAAACACACCUGUGUUUGCGUCCAUCCAGUCAGAGAAACGGAGACACUGGACAGAACUACUACGACACCCCUCAGCCCCCUGCGGCACAAAGUUACCAUGACGACGAGCGGCCAACCAAUCCCAGAGCUCCGUUCACAGAGAGUCAGGCGUACACUGUAGAGGAGCACAGUGCAGUUCUGCAGGCUGGAGGUUAUCAUAAUGGAUUGAUCCGGCCUGCUCUGCCAUUCCGGAGUCACGUUUACCAGCCCACUGAGAUGGCACUGCUCAUGAAUGCAGGACCGAUCCCAACCGCCCCUCCAAACUUCACAGGGAGGCAUCUGUGGUGAGAGCAGUUACCAUGGCAAUAAUGUCCUCUUCUACUUCGGGUGGCUUCACGUGGUCAAAAGGCACUUUAUUAAAGUUCCAUGUUAAUCAUUUGGGAAAUGCUCCUCUAAUAAAAUGACAUAAGUUAAAGCUGAUUUAAUUUAAUGGGCAUUUUCAACAUGGGAACAGACUAAUUUUGCACAUGAUCUCUUUUAAGUGCUUAAUACAAAAUACAGGAACCGUUACAUAUUUGAUAUCACUCUGAUGAUGUCUGUUUAGAUUAAAUUAAUCAGACAAAUUAUGUGCUGGUGAGAACCUGUCAGAAUUUACAUAAACAGGGAUGUGUGAAUGAGAAAAGAGAGGGAGCAUUAAAGUCCACACGAAACGCUGUUGACAAGCCCAUUUUACUUACAUAAUGUGACACAUUUCGGAGUGUAAGAGAAUAAUUGUGUUUAUGAAUUAAUGAUUUUAAUCAUUGUGACUGUUUAAAAGUGUCACUUUAUGACAGGUAAUUGGACAGCCCAGCUAAAAAAAAAAUGUUCUAAGAACGUUUUCCUAAUGUUCCCAUUACGUUAUGAAAAUAUUAUUUCUGAAUGUUCACUGAACGUUCAAAGCAUUCAAUUUUUAAAUGUUUUAAAAACACUUUUUCUCGGUUAUACAAAUGUUACUUUGGAACAAUUAAACAUUCCAUUUCAUAAUUUUGCAAACAUUAUGGGAAUAUAACUUUUGAAUAUACUCUGAAAAUUCUGAAACAAGUAGUAACAUUUAAAAAACAUUAGGCAAACUAAAACGCUUGAGAAAAACGUUUAAAUAACGUUCGCUAAAUAACAAUGUAUAAAUAACGUUUUUGUGCUAAUAUUUUGAGAACAUUAUUAAAGACCAGAUAACUUUGCACAAACUUUCUAUUAACGUUACUGGAAGAACGUUUGUUCAUAACUUUGAGAGAACCUUGCCAGAACGUUCUGAGAACGUUCCCUGUGUUAGCUGGGAGGGGGGGUUGAAAUAUAAGAAGGAUUUGUGAUGUCAGCCAAAAAGGCACGUUAUUUUUUUAGAGGCCAGUUUACAAAGAAUAACAUGCACAGAUGAAUUAUUCAAAAUGUAACCAGAAAUGUGUAUUAAGGAAGUAAACAGGGCUUUGAUUUCAUGUUGACUUUACAGAAAGAUUGUGUGAGAGAGAAUGAAAAACUGAUUAUGUCAUUAACUUCUAGCCUUAGCAAAUUUUCUGCCUGCAUUCCACUUUAAAUAAUCAAAAUCUAUAACUUAUUCAAAUGUAUUCAAUUAAUUUAAACUGUUUUGUAUAAAUUGUUCAAUUGUUAUCUUCUUUUUAAACCUUUUUAAAAUUUGAUCUUUUUGUUUGUUUUGAUAUCACAUCAGCGUUUGGUGUUUUUUCCAAACUUUGCACGCUUGAUUGUCAGUCUUCAUGAUGCAGUUGAUGCUAUACAUCUAUACAUUUUACGCCGUGUUUGAUCUUGUAAGGCAAUACUGUGUUCUUUGGAGUAAUGAAUGUGUGAAUUCUGCUGUGACGGUGCUGCAGUCUCACAGAAUGAGACACUUUCAACAGGGUCAUUGGAAAAGGCUGAAGUCGCUCUUUAUUUUGCUCGUGAUAUUCAGAUCUGUCGCACAGAAUGGUUGUAUUUUCCCUAUAUAUUUGAUGUUUCUAUAUUUGAAAUAAAUAAUUAAACAUUCCUACA